AUGCUUCAAAGGUUAAAAGUUGCUCUAAGGAUCGCUGUGGUUCAGUUGAACUCACUGAUUGGUCAUACUAAUGAAACUAUUACUCGUUUAGGAACUAUGAUACAAAGGGUCAAAACUGAUUUACUUGAAGGUAAAAUACAAAAACCUGAUCUUAUAGUAUUUCCAGAAUUCGCUUUAACUGGCUAUAGCUUCAAAAAUAGAGGCCACAUACUACCUCAUGCAACUCUGUAUAAUGAAGGUCCCGCAUAUCAAUUGGCAACUGAUUUGUCUAAGUCGUUAGGGUGCAUUACGAUUAUUGGUUAUCCAGAACGCGAGGAACCCAGUGAAAAAAGUCGGUUAUUUAACUCAGCUCUAGUGGUUGGUUCAAAUGGUGAAGUAAUAUUCAACUACCGUAAAUCGUUCUUGUACGAUACAGACGAGAAUUGGGGGUGCUGUGAGAAUCCCAAAGGGUUCCAACAAUUUCCGUUGACAUUUGCACGUAAGGGAAGGGAUGAUCAAGGGAAUCUACAUGAUGUUACGAUUAAAACAAGUAUUGGUAUAUGCAUGGAUUUGUCUCCCUAUCGCUUUGAAGCACCUUUUAAUGAUUUCGAAUUUGCAUCGUUCAAUAUAGAUGAAAAGACUGAGCUGAUUGUAUGUCCUAUGGCAUGGCUACAUUCAAGUUCAGUUACCAACUUCACUUCGGAUCCUGUAAAGCAACGUCAAGCAAUUUCAGAGUCCUUGAAAGCCCAUGGUAUACCGCAAGUUGGUCUAGUUGGAGACUUCCAGUUUGACCUGCAAGAAAAUAGCCAACCUACACCACGUAAAGGAUGUGACGACCCAUCUAUCGAUCCAAAAUACGUGGAUCUGCAUAAGCCAGAUAUGACAAAUAUUAACUACUGGUUACUACGAUUUUUGCCCUUUUUAGCUUUGAAACAGCGCCAUAUGUGGUUUUACGAGAAAGUUAGGUUUCAAAUCCAGAAAAUGUUAGCUGGUGGUAAGUCCUAUAUUGGAGCCGUUAAAGAUGCACCCUGGGCGUUCAAAGACCGAAAUGCUGUUCUUGUUAUUGCCAACAGGUGUGGCAUUGAAGAUGGCGAUACGAUCUUCUGUGGAUCUUCCGGUAUCUACAAAUUUAAUGGUAAGUAUAGCGAGAAAGAAGAAGCAUUGGACAGUCUUAACAACAGCGUUGAGUUAUUAGGUAAUAUUGGCAAGGGAAAAGAAGGUAUGCUUUUAAAGAAUGUAGAGUUUGAAAUAGUGCGAGAGUAA